AGUUAAACACACACGCUUCUUGUGUAUGUGUGUGCGUGCGUGUGUGUUUUCUGAUUCUUAAAAAAGGUCAGUUAAGAAAUAAAUUGUAAAAAUGUGUGUGUGUAUGUAAAGGCUUCUUAACAAAUUUGCUAUCGACACGUUUUUUUAAUGAACAGUUUGAGAAUCUCUGUGGUUUCUCGACUAGCUAGAAUAACAGUGAAACCUCUCUUAAAUUACACCCUGUUCUCCUGGGGGGAAAAGAGGGACAUAUUGGCUAAUGUAGUUCUAAGUAUGAAAUACCAAACAGAAGAACGAUGUGGUCACUGCGAAUGAAUUUGAUCAUGGUUCUACUCAGUUAAGAUUGACCGGGGGCUAAACUAUAACAACAAAGAAAAUAAAACGAAAAGAAAAAACAACUGUUUAAACAAACGAAAACUGCCCGGUGCGAGUGAACAGUGAGAGAGAAAAAGAAAUUGUUGCUUUGUUGUUAUUGCUGCUACUCAUUGUUGUAGUUUGUCAUUUAUGUCCUGGUUUUAAUAUUUCAAGAUGGAUUCUAUAACAUUAUUCAGUCCCUUCACAAAUAUGUUAAAGGCAACUUACAAUAGAAGUCUUUGCUGUUUCUGUUACACCUCUUCUUCAGUACCAGUUACUAGUCAGUAAUUCUCUUACAGAAUACACAAACACAGCUGUAUGACUACCUAGAGAGAAAUUUUUAUUUAACCUCUAACCACUUUAGCCUGGAACAGACUAUAACUAUCUUUCAUGAAGUUUUCCUGUUUGUCUUCUUUGUCUAUUAUUCAUUAAUGUUACUCAGCUCCAGAACUCCUUCCAUAAUUUUACCUUCAUCAGUGGUGAAUCUGCUUUGGUUUUUUAACCCUGCACUAUUAUUGAUGGUCUACCAUCAAUAAUUUUUCAGUUAUUAACAACUGAUUUUUAAAGAUGUCUUUUUUCAUUAUCUCUUGAAUAGAAUGUUUAACAAACUGUUACAGAGCAAUGAAGGGACCUUAUGACCCAGAGAUGUGACUUUGUAAGGAAUGUUUUGAUUAUUCUUACACAUAAUUGAAGAAUGAGGGAGCCUCUAUGGAGUCAAAAUAGCAGCCAUAUCGCUUACAAAUCACACCUUAAAAAACAAAAACAAAGAGCAUAUUGAAUAAUGUAGCCCUUGAUAUAUUAUUGCUGAAAACAAAACAGCGUGGACACAUCUUGAAAACUUUUGAUCUUAGGUCAACCUAUUUAGGGCUGACCUAGAGCUAAGCAACAAUAGUAACAAUAACAACAUCAUGAUGAAGUACACACUGGAGAACUGUUCAAGUUCUGAAUAUUCCAAGCUCAUGUAUUCUCUCCAGUCUAUGUAUGCCUUAGGAAACCAGUUCAGUUAUGAUCUAUGCAAUAAAGUAUUCCUCUCAAGAGACCCACAUGUUGCUGCAAGUGGGUUAUACAGCCAAAAACCUGCCAAACUUAACCAGCCUGGACAAAUCAACAACAAUAAUAACAGCAACAACUGCAACAACAACAGCAACAACAAUAACAACAAUAACAGCAACAACAGUAACAGUAAUGGCAUGCCUAGCACUGGUAAUAAUAUUCCAUCUGCAGGAAUCUCUAUAAACGCAACCUCACAGAAACCUUACAAGUGCGAAAUCUGCCGUAAGGGCUUUGCACGAAGAACUAAUCUUGACAAUCAUGAACGGGCACCAGCUGAUGAAAAGCAUUUUUAUUGUGGCCACUGCAGUAAGGCAUUUUCACAGCGGGCCCACCUAAAAACUCAUCAGAUGACACACAGUGGUGAGAAACCAUAUAGCUGUGAAUUCUGUAAUAAAACCUUUGCCCAACGGGCAAAUUUUGACAAUCACCGACGCACCCACACUGGUGAGCGGCCUUUCCAUUGUGAAUUCUGCGACAAAUGCUUUUCACAGAGAGCAAAUCUGGAUAGUCACAUCCGCACCCAUACAGGUGUGAAGCCUUACGCUUGCAGUACGUGUUCCAAGUCAUUUACGCAACAGACAAACCUGAAGAAUCAUGAACGCAUCCAUACUGGGGAGAAAUUGUAUGAGUGCAAUAUAUGCAGCAAAGCUUUUUCACAGCAAAUCAAUUUGAAAACACAUUAUCGUAUACACAGUGGUGAACGGCCAUAUGUUUGUACCUACUGCCCUAAAGCAUUUGCACAACAAACAGACUUGAAGAAUCAUGAACGAACUCACACAGGUCAAAAACCUUACAUUUGUACUGUGUGCUGCAAAUCAUUUGCUCAGCAAGGAAAUCUGAAAGUGCAUUUCCGAACUCACUCUGGUGAAAAACCAUAUAGCUGUGAUUUGUGCAGUAAGUCUUUUUGCCAGAAAGCAAAUCUCGACAGUCAUCGCCGAAUUCAUACUGGAGAGAAACUGUUUCAAUGUCCAGAGUGCAGUAAAAGCUUCACACUAAAUAUCAAUCUUAAAAAUCAUAUAAGAACUCAUACAGGAGAAAAACCAUUUGUUUGUCAGUUCUGCACUCGAGGUUUUUCUCAACAAACAGACCUGAAAAAUCAUGAACGUACACACACAGGUUUAAAACCAUAUGUCUGUAUAGUUUGUAGGAAAAGUUUUGCUCAGCAAGGAAAUCUAAAAAUUCACAUGAGGACUCAUUCUGGUGAAAGACCAUACAGUUGCGAAUUCUGCCCAAAAUCUUUCUGUCAGAGAGCAAACUUGGACAGUCACAGGCGUACGCAUACAGGAGAACGUCCAUUCAAGUGUGAUCUGUGUGAUAAAUCCUUCCCCCAAAGAGCAAAUUUAGACAGCCACCGUCGAACACACACUGGAGAAAAGCCUUUCUCAUGUGAGUUGUGUUCAAAGUCAUUCUCACAGAGAGCUAACUUAGAUAACCACAGACGAACACAUUCAGGUCAAAAGUCAUUUCAUUGUCAAUUUUGUGAAAAGUCUUUUGCACAAAAGGCUAAUCUGAAAAAUCAUUUACGCACUCACCACAAUUAUGAAAUGCCAUUCUCAGACUCUAAUAGUUCUAAUGUAUCACAGAACUGUCUUAAUCUAUCAUCAACAACUGACAUGCGCAGAAAUUCCCUCCAACAGACAAUGAUAUCCAACGGACAAUCAAAACAGUCAAAAGCUAAAAAUUCCCACAAGGAGCGCCAAGAGAACUUCCCAUCAAAUCAGCCACUUUCCUCCACUUCAGCCCUUUGUCUCCAACCACCUGCUAUUGGGUCUCCAUGGGUGAACUCUUCCUACUUGUCCCAGAUGCCGCAAACUUGGGAUAGCAAUUAUUUCUGGUCAAGACCAUUUUCAAUCCCACACUUAACAGGUUCUGGUGGAGACUGGACCAAUUCGCCUGGUUCUUCAGCUUCACAAUUUGGUGGAGAUAGCAGUGGUGUUGGCAGUAGUGGUGGUGGUGGCGGUGGCGGUGGCAGCACUAGUGGUGGUGGCAAGCAAGUACAAAAAACUGCAGCUGAUUAACACAAUUGCAACAUGUUCAAAUAGCAUUUCUGAAAUAAAGUGUAGCAGGUUAUUCUGCAAAGACAUU